GCUGCCAGGCAAACUAACCGAUAUGACGAGAGAGGUACACACAGCACAAUGCAGUUAGCUAGCUGAGAUAGUAAAUGCGAUUUAUUGCGCGCAUUUCCACGUCUACGAAGACAUAAACAACUAUUCAAAGUCGUGCGGUGACGCGAAGAAAAAUCCCGAUAUAGUUUUUGUUAUUCGUUAUUGGGCUAACGUGACUCUUUAAACUGUCUCGCUAAUAGCUAGCUAACUGCAUUGCAGAAGAAGUUAGCUGUAAUGUAACGCUGCGCAGGUCGUUAACAAGCGACGUGUGAGUUACUUUACUUUACUCUGUUGAGGUUUUAGCUGGUAGACUUUGAUCGAACGCAUUGUGAGCAGCUUCAUGGAAGGAUGACUUAAGCGUCGAAGGUUUAAAAAAAAAUAGUAAUACAAAUCGAGAGGCUCGUGUCACGACGGAGCCACAUGCGGAUGUUGGCGUAGUCUAGUUCCGACAGAGGGGAGUUUUGAAAGAACGAGACGGGAGUGAAUCAUGAAAGUCAUGGAGAAAAAUGUGAUGCGUUUAGUGGCCGUGCAGCAUCUUCGCGCAGCCUACGGUAUCAAGACAAAGAACUGGAACAAAAACAAAGCAGCCAGCUGCAAGUCGACAGCCAGCAACAACAACUCGACAAAGGUAUUCGGAGUAUCUCUGGAGAGCUUACCUUACUAUAAUAUGGAAAGUGGAAGUGUGCCAAGCUUUCUGGUUGAUGCGUGUAUGGUGCUGCUGGCACAUGUUGACACAGAGGGGCUGUUCAGAAAAUCGGGCUCCGUCAUUCGCCUGAAAGCACUCAGGGCCAGACUGGAUGCGGGUGAGGAGUGUCUGUCCACUGCCCUUCCAUGUGAUGUAGCCGGCCUGGUCAAGCAGUUCUUCAGGGAGCUGCCAGACCCUGUGCUCCCCACAGAGCUGCAGGAGGCUUUCCUCAAGGCCCAGCAACUCCCCACCGAAGAGGACAGGACCUCUGCCACCAUGCUGAUGUCCUGUGUACUGCCUGAUAGAAAUCUCGGUGUCCUGCAUCACUUUUUUGACUUCCUCUAUAACGUGUCUAAGAGGAGUGAAGAGAAUAAGAUGGACAGCAAUAACUUGUCUUUAAUAUUAGCCCCCAACCUCCUUCACUCUGGAGAUGGCACAGAGAAGAUGAACGCCAACACCGAAAAACGCCUAAAGCUCCAGGCAGCUGUAGUUCAGUGCUUCAUAGAGAAUGCCCCAAACUUUGGUGUGUUACCGCAGUUCCUCGUGACAAAGGUUCCAGCUAUGAUGGGCUGUGAAGCGGAUAUUCUGUCACCCACUCACAACGAACUCAGGGAGCUGGACUUAAACUCAGGGAUGAAAAGGAAAAGCAGACGCAGCUUCGGAGAUAUGGUCAGUUGUGCUCUGAAUAAGAUAAAAACUAAUAGAACACCCACAAAUGUCACCCAGUCAGACAGUUUUGUCUUUUCUUCUGCAACUCCUGUGAUUGGAACGCCCACAUCCAAGCGCAAGCUUCCUUUGGAGUCGGGUCACUCGUUUGGAUUCUCAAACAAGAAACGCAGAUCUGUCAAAAAGAACCUGGGCAUGGAUUUACUUCCUAAUAUGCUGUUCCACGGAGCGUCCACUCCUGAUUCAGUUUCCAGUGCCUCCGGGGUCUUGGAAUCUUCACAAAAUGCCCCGUCCUCUGCGGGGAGGUCAAGAAGACAUUCAGCGACCUCUGUGAGGAGGAAGAGCCGACGACUUAGUAGCAGACAUGCUGUCAACAGAGUGGAAUCUGGAAGAACCGGCUGCUUUUCUCCCAAAGUCGGCAAAAAAGAAGCUCCACGCAAGUCUCUGCGCUUGCGCUUUAGCCUGGGGAAGAGCAGCAAAGAUGCUGGUUCUGGGUCCAUUGGCUGGCGUCUUGCCAAGCAGGAGAGCACCACCGGUUUUCAUUUCACCAAAGAGACAGACUUCAGUCCUUCAGCUGCUCCGAGGAAAACGGAAUGCAAGAACGCCAAGUACAUCAGUAAGUCUGAGGACAACCUCCUGACUCCCCAGUGCGACUCAAGUGUCCACCAGAUUUCCUGGAGCGGGGAGACUCCCGUAGGAGCCAAAGCUUUCUGCACCGCGUCGUUCACAGAUACACCCAUGAGCAUGUGCCUUAAGAACACCUGCGUGUCCGAGCCCGCCAUCGUCGCCUCAAAGUCCCCGGCUUUAACCAGCCUCCCCAAGAAGCUGUGCUGUGCUUCCAGCUCCGAGAGCCUCGACAGCGAAAGCUCCAUCACUGAGCCCCGAAACCAGGGUCCCGCCCUGCUGAAGAUCAAGAAGGUCUUCACAGAGUCGGGACGUGACCUCCAGGCUGCCGUACAGGACUUCUGCAGCCCCGCUGUAGCAAAAGCACCAGGUGGCACCACAGUCCUUCCGCCAGGGACGCCUGUGGCCACAGUUCUGUCCGUAGACACCGAGGCCUUCAGUUGUCAGACUAAGCAGAGCUUUCUGGCUCAUGAACAGAACAUUACCUUUGGUCAGUUUGAGAUCGCUGCUUUGUCUCCGUUGCAUAUUGAUAGCGUCCUGCUUGAAUCCAGUGUGUAUUCUAGUCCAGUGUUAAAAGCGGCCGAUAAAGGUUCUCCAGGUGCAGCUCCUCUCCGUAGUCCUCAUAGCUCCAUGGUGGGAGAUGAUGAAAAUGAGAUGGAGCAGAUCAACUGCAGCAGGUUGAUUGACGCCCUGGACAUCCAGAGCCCUGCGCACUUCAGACAGGACGUCGCCUCUGGGCUGCAGUCCACUCCGUUCAAGCUGGAACUCGACUUCAGACAUGAGCUCGGUACGCCGCCCAGAGACGGUACCACAGUCGGCACGGUACAUGACAAAGACGAGUUCUCCCCGGAGAUCGGCACCAAAGCCCCACCCCUGCCGCCGCUGUCGCCGCACAGCCUCGAGGCCGAGAAGCGGCGAGUGGCCGACCACAUUCAACACUUCAACAAACUCACCCUUCACUCUCCCAGAGGCUCCAAGAUCAAACACAUCCGCUCACCGCUCAAGUUCCAGCGCACGCCCGUGCGUCAGACGGUCCGCAGGAUCAACUCUCUUGUGGGAGACGGCAAGAGACCCGGGAGGGUUUCCACCACCAAACAGAUCAGUCAGGUCGUGAAGGCGGUGAGCCUGGAGAGCGGCCUCUCCCCACAUCCACAGCUGCGUCCUUUCGGCGAGGAAGAGCCACCCCUGGUGCGGGCCAACAGCAUGCGUCACAAAAGGAAACCGCCUCCCGUGCCACCAAAGAAGCAGAGCACCUUGGCCCGCAAGCCCACGUCCUGCGCUUUAGGCGACGUGACCAACAAAGUCCAACCAAAGACCAAAGUGGACUCUUCUGUCCCAGAGUCGACAGAAGCUAAGAAGCCUCCAGUGCAGCAGGUGGCAGAAAAAGAAAUGAACCAUUAUCGAGGUUCACCCAGAUACCCUCUGAACCAGGCACGCCUGAUGUCUGCUACCAAGCCUGUAGAUUUAUAGAACUUUUUAUUUUUUUACUUUUUUUUGGUUCCUCACUAUGCAGGUCUCUGGUCAAACUGAUUGACAAUAAACAUUCCAGCUUCUAUUGUCCAGAUUUUCAGGGUUUUAAUUUAUUUUUUUAGCUACAGUAGGUGCUGUUUGUGUUGUGUUAAGGGGCCUUUAUUGGGAGAUGUUAAUAUGCCUUAUUUGUUUUUACUUAAAAAAAAAAAUUAAGUUUGUCUUCUUCACACCAGCCAACAAGAUUAUUAUGCUCCGUAGUUUCAAAUAGCGAUUCAUUUACAGGCCAAAUGACGUGAUGUGACUGAGGGUAUGACUGGAAACACUUUGAUCGAGACGUAUGCUUUUUAUUUAUGCAUUUUAUAUCUUAUCCUUAGUUAGAUGUUUACCGAAGUCUGAGGUUGUCUUUAUGUCGGACGUUUAUUGUCUUACAGUUUUUCUCGUGAGCGGAGAAGAAAAAAAAUUGCACCUUUUUGUUGGAUUUCUUGAAAGGAAAAAAAAAAAACCCAAGCAGUAUUGAUGAAAUCAUCUGUCUCUAUUGCAGUCCAUUGAUUUCACAACCAUCAAACUGUAAGAUUUUGCCUUGUGAAACUGCUUCAGAUCAAUAAAAUCGGACUACAUGUAA